CCCAACAUCCCCCCAGCUCCCUGCGCGGGUUCGCGCCCGUAGGGGCCCACUUGGGGCCUAGUGGUUCUCUCCGGCCCUCCACGACAGUUGCUGUGCGACUUGGACAGUAGAGGAGCGUCUCCCAAGUUUUCAUCCAACUGCCACCCCCAAAGCUCCACCCUUCUCCCCCCAGAGAGGACGUUUGAUGCCAGGCCCCUGAGAUUCUCAUUGACCAGCCCCUCUGGGUCCCCCUGAGCAGAGCCUGCUGACCCAUUUGCCCACCUUUGGGGCUUUGAUGCCUAGCCAUGUCGGCCUCAUCCUCAGGCGGCUCCCCCAGGUUUCCAUCCUGUGGGAAGAACGGAGUAACAAGUCUCACGCAGAAAAAGGUCUUGAGGACACCUUGUGGCGCACCCAGUGUGACCGUGACGAAGCGAACCAUGAAGGACCGCUCCUCAACUCCCCCCUUACAUGUUCACGUGGAUGAGAACACCCCCGUCCAUGUCCACAUAAAAAAACUCCCGAAACCGUCAGCGGCCAACAGCCAGAAAUCCCAUAAGCGUGGAAUGAAAGGGGACACCGUGAACGUGCGGCGGAGUGUCCGGGUGAAAACCAAGGUACCUUGGAUGCCCCCUGGAAAAUCAUCCGCCCGGCAUGUGGGAUGCAAGUGGGAGAAUCCGCCUCAUUGCCUAGAGAUCACACCUCCAUCUUCAGAAAAGCUGGUCUCAGUGAUGCGGUUAAGUGACCUCUCCACAGAAGAUGAUGACUCGGGUCACUGUAAAAUGAACCGUUAUGAUAAGAAGAUUGACAGUCUAAUGAAUGCGGUUGGUUGUCUCAAGUCGGAGGUCAAGAUGCAGAAGGGCGAGCGCCAGAUGGCCAAAAGGUUCCUGGAGGAGCGGAAGGAGGAGCUGGAGGAGGUGGCCCACGAGCUGGCCGAGACUGAGCAUGAGAACAACGUGCUACGACACAACAUCGAGCGCAUCAAAGAGGAGAAAGACUUCACCAUUCUCCAGAAGAAACACCUCCAGCAGGAGAAGGAGUGCCUCAUGUCCAAACUGGUGGAGGCUGAAAUGGAUGGGGCAGCUGCUGCCAAGCAAGUCAUGGCUUUGAAAGAUACCAUCGGGAAGCUGAAGACAGAGAAACAGAUGACAUGCACGGACAUCAACACCCUGACGAGGCAGAAGGAACUUCUCCUGCAGAAGCUGAGCACAUUUGAGGAGACCAACCGCACCCUCCGAGACCUGCUAAGGGAACAGCACUGCAAAGAGGAUUCCGACAGGCUGAUGGAGCAACAGGGAGCGCUGUUAAAGCGGCUGGCGGAAGCGGACUCGGAGAAAGCGCGCCUGCUGUUACUGCUGCAAGACAAGGACAAGGAGAUGGAAGAGCUCCUCCAGGAAAUACAAUGUGAGAAGGCUCAAGCCAAGACCGCAAGUGAGCUUUCUAAGUCCAUGGAGUCCAUGCGUGGGCAUUUGCAGGCACAGCUUCGGUGCAAAGAGGCAGAGAAUAGCCGUCUCUGCAUGCAGAUCAAGAACCUGGAACGCAGUGGGAACCAGCACAAAGCAGAGGUGGAGGCCAUCAUGGAACAGCUAAAGGAACUGAAGCAAAAGGGAGACCGAGACAAAGAGUCCUUGAAGAAGGCCAUCCGAGCCCAGAAGGAGCGAGCCGAGAAGAGCGAGGAGUAUGCUGAGCAGCUGCACGUGCAACUUGCUGACAAGGAUCUUUAUGUCGCAGAAGCUUUAUCCACUCUGGAAUCAUGGAGGAGCCGCUACAACCAAGUAGUGAAAGACAAGGGAGACCUCGAGCUGGAAAUUAUUGUCCUGAAUGACCGGGUGACAGACCUCGUGAACCAACAGCAAAGCUUGGAGGAGAAGAUGCGGGAAGACCGGGACAGCCUGGUAGAGAGACUACACCGCCAGACUGCUGAGUAUUCUGCAUUCAAACUAGAGAACGAGAGACUGAAGGCGAGCUUCGCCCCGAUGGAGGACAAACUCAAUCAGGCACACAUCGAGGUCCAGCAGCUGAAGGCGUCGGUGAAGAACUAUGAGGGGCUGAUUGACAACUAUAAGAGUCAGGUGAUGAAGACCAGAUUGGAAGCUGAUGAAGUGGCUGCCCAGCUGGAGCGCUGUGACAAAGAAAACAAGAUCCUUAAAGAUGAGAUGAACAAAGAAAUUGAAGCGGCACGUAGGCAGUUCCAGUCCCAGUUGGCUGACCUACAGCAGCUGCCCGACAUCCUCAAGAUCACAGAGGCCAAGCUGGCAGAGUGCCAAGACCAGCUGCAAGGCUAUGAGAGGAAGAACAUUGACCUCACAGCCAUCAUCUCAGACCUGCGCAGCCGGAUCGAACAUCAGGGGGACAAGCUGGAGAUGGCGAGAGAAAAACAUCAGGCUUCCCAGAAGGAAAAUAAACAGCUGAGUCUGAAGGUGGAUGAACUGGAGAGGAAACUGGAGGCGACCAGCGCCCAGAAUAUCGAGUUCCUACAGGUGAUUGCCAAGAGGGAGGAGGCAAUCCACCAGGCCCAGGUGCGGCUGGAGGAGAAGACACGGGAGUGUGGAUCCCUGGCGAGGCAGUUGGAGAGCGCCAUUGAGGACGCCAGGAGGCAGGCGGAGCAAACCAAGGAGCAUGCGGUCUCCAAGGAGCGAGCCGCCCAGAACAAAAUCCUGGACCUUGAGACCCAGCUGAGCAGGACCAAGACUGAACUCAGCCAGCUGCGGCGGAGCAGAGAGGAUGCUGACCGCCGCUACCAGAGCCGCCUGCAGGACCUGAAGGAUCGCCUGGAGCAGUCGGAGAGCACCAACCGCAGCAUGCAGAACUACGUCCAGUUCCUCAAGUCGUCCUAUGCCAAUGUGUUUGGGGACGGGCCCUACACCACUUUCCUGACCAGCUCUCCUGUCCGCUCCCGGUCGCCUCCGGCCUAAGGCUCACUCCAGGUCCAGGAGCUCAAAUGAUGCCAUGGGGACUGAGGAGUGGCCAAGCCAUUCCCGGAAAGCCUGUCUUCUCUCUCUUCCAGUGAUGGAGUAUGUUCAGGAUCUUUCCUUGGCUACUGACUCCAGACAAGUCCCUGAAGCAGCAGUGGUGAAGCAGGGACUUCUUGGUUCUCUCUUUUCUGAUGUUGUGGCCUGAUGGAAGUUUCUAAUCACCUCAACAGGCCUUACCUCUACUGGUGGUCAGGGCCCAAUUUUAACACACCCUUGAGAGGAUGUACGGACUGGAUUUUUCCUCCAGUUCCCUCCAGCCCUCUUUUUAGGAACCCCUCUCCUGGGUCUUCUCUGAUCUGAGGCAGCAGACACUGUUAGCCUCCCGGGCUGUGGGCUCGUUUGCUUGCUCUUUUUCUUAUUUCAUGGGUACGGUGCUUUCCCCAGUCCCCCCUCCUGAGCACAGUGGGAACUCUGGUGCCCAAGUUCCUUUGAGGCCCCUGACCCCCAAGCACUUCACAAUAGACACUGGGGGGCUCAUGUCCAGCUGGCCUUUGAACAGUAUACCCCGCCUCGUUUCCUCGCCUUAUCUGUAGCUAUAGAAUGCAUUUAUUCUUGAUAUUUUCGUGUUGUUUUACAAAAAGCUUUUAUAAUCCAUAUUUAAAGCCCCAUUGGAUGUCCCCAUCCUUCUUUAAAAAUUAAGAAAAAUGCAGCUGGAGAGCCAAUAAAUAUUUUAAAGUA